AUGGUACAUGUUUUAUUCAGGACCCUGGACGUUUCUGAGGAUGUAUCGUUCGUUAUAACAUCGAGUUUGUCAAAAGAUAUUUCAGGAGACUUUGUGUGUUUGCGCGCGAAUGCGCUGCGCACGAUUGUUCGAAUAUUAGAUUCGCAGACUGCAGUAUCGUUUGAGCGUCAACUUAACACAGCUAUCGUGUCUGAGAAGCCAUUCCUGGCGGCCACGGCGUUGUUUUGUUGUUUCCAUCUUCAGAAAAUAUGUCCUGAAUUGGUGAAGCGCUGCCUUGUGCAAAUUGCUGGUCAAAUGAAUUCGAGCAACGCCACCGUUCAAGCGCAUGCUAUUCAGGUGUUAUCUGAAGUGAAUAAGAAUGACAGAUUGGCUUUGCAUCGAUCAAUAACGAAUUUUGCCUCGGCAGUAAUUGGAAAUCCGGUGGCUGAAACCUAUUUGAUUGGACAGUGUCGCAAGUUGCUGGAGCAGCAACAUGCGGAUUCCAAUUUGGACUCGAGCUUGCUGGAAUACCUGAAUUUGGAACUGACGCGUACCACUGAAGAUAUGGUGGCACUGGAGGCAGCGAAGAGCGCAAUUGCGCUGGCACUGGAGUGCCCGAAGUUCAACAACGACCCUGAGAGGUUCUUGAACGUCCCGGUUGCCCUGAACAUACUCAAGGAGUUUUUGGAGCAUGAUAAGGAUAUGGUUCGGUAUGCUUCAAUUCGUGUUUUAUAUCACGUGGCUAGGAAGCAGCCUCGUUUCCUGAGCACAUUGUGUGAAGACAUUGAACCACUGCUGACGGACUCUUGCAAGCCUGUGGCUGUCCUGGCGUUAAUUACGUUGCUGAAGUGCGACGCGCCGCAUGACAAGAAGUUCUUUAUGAAACAGGUGGGGGACUUGAUUGUUGACGUGUCGGACAGCCAAAAGGUGGAGAUCAUCAAUGCUUUGGAGGAAUCAUGCUUAUCGGACCCUCAGAAGGUAGCUACUGUGGUAAAGUUCAUUGCUGCGCAGUUGCGGGAUGAGGGGGGCAAGAAGGCUAAGGCGUGCGCGGUCAGUACGUUGACUAAGCUUUCGAGUGUGUAUCCGGCCAUACAUGAAGAGUGUAUCGCGGACUUGUGCGACUUUAUAGAGGACUGUGAGCAUCAGUCGAUCCUCAUUUACAUUAUCUCUUUCCUCGGCCUGGAAAUUCCAAAGACCAAGACUCCUGGCACGCACUUGCGGAUUUUAGUGAACCGCGCCAUCUUGGAGACGCCGGGCGUCCGGGCUGCCGCGGUCGACGCCAUGACUUCCAUCGCCCAGCAAUGUCCAGAGCUCGCUCCGGCAGUGGUGGCUGCCCUCAAGUCCCAUAUGGUCAACGAUACCAACGACGAGGUCCGGGAAGUGGUGCACUACAGUCUGAAGGUCCUGGGAGCCGACGUAAAUGUCGACGGGUACGUGUCCGACGGGUCCACGACUAUAAAUGACCUGCUGGUUUCCGAGGACUCGGAGCUGGAGUUCUCGGUAGACGCGCUGAUUGACGAGUGCAACAAACACCUGGCACACAACAACCCGGCUCGAGUGGACGUGAAUCAGCUCCCGAGUGCCGCAGAGUACGAAGAACAAAAACUGGUGGCGUUGCGGAAGACGCAGGCGAAGGCGGGUGUGAUCAGCAGCGCUGUUGACCAGACGGAAGGCGGUGCGGUGCAGCCGGCCGCAGCCAUGUCGCAGGUGCGUACGCAAGACGUCAAGUUGCGCGUAGUCGAAACUGUGGCUAAGUUCACGGAGAACCGCGUGGUCAUCGAAAACGUGGACGCUAUCUCGACGUCCAUGCUGCUCACGGAAACAGAGGCGGAGUACCAGGUUAAGGCGCUCAAGUACGUGUGCGACCAGGGCAAGUACAUUGUCGUGCAGGUGAAUGUCACAAACACUAUCGAAAGCCAGGUUCUCGAACAUGUGGAAUUGCGCACGAGCAGACCCAACACGCCAGUGUAUAAAGUGGCCCUAGUAACCACGAUUCCGGAGCUGCCAUACAAUAUGACCAAGUCCAUUUGGAUGCUCAUGGAACGGGAGCAGGAAUCCGACUUGAGUGAACUGCUACUAGAAAAGGAGGAGAUCGUACUCGGCACCACGCUUGCCUUUACCGUCAACGACGGCGACGACUCUUACCCCGACGACUACGCUAUGAACCAGCUCAAAAUCAGGCCUGAAGAUCUUUUCGGCGAACUGACUUCCUCGCCCGGGGACAUGAUGCACCGCUGGCAACAACUGGAAGCCGAAGAACAGGUUGUAAAGCUGAACUACGGCACGCAACAGGACCCCAGUCAGAUCGUUGACGCCAUUAAGAAGCUACCUAACUCCUAUGUCGCCGAAAGCCCCUUCGGCGCGCCUGGCCAAGUAUUUGUUGGCCUACGGCUUGUUGGCGGCGUAGAGCUCUACACCCUCUUCCAUAUUGUCAGAGCCAACAAGGGCACACUGGCCAAGGUUGCUAUACGAAGUGUAAAUCCCAUUGCCGUGCAAAUCAUGAGCAAAAUCGCUGCGAAAUUAUAA